GUAGACGUGCAGCGAGGUAUCGAAGUCGAAAUCUCGAUCGAAAUACCACAUGCCACUGAACUACAUAUAUAUGAUGCUCUGGGAGUUGGAUACAUGUUGUCGACCGUGUAGAAGAGCACCUCUAUCUGAAAGAGCAUCUUCCACGCGUCUGUAUCCGAGAAGAUAAGGACUUAUUAUAAACAUACGAUGCGCGAUCACUUUUUCUUAUCAUAAAGAUAAGAUAAUCUGAUCUUUCAAAAGGACGAUACAAGUCGAGUGUUUGCGAUAUUAAUAGAUAACGUGGCACCCGUAAUUUCCCUUUUGGUUCUCUCUGGAAAAUAAUAGGGAUCCUUAUUACUUUCCAUUGUGACAAAUGCGUCGAUAGAGUGACGCUAGUGUUUGAACAAUAUUUCACAAGAUGGUAAAAAAGGACGGGCUUUGGAAGCUGAUGCAGCUUCGAGCGCUGAUGAAGAAUGUUCAACCUAGUGGAUGGUCUCUCAUUCGAAAAAAAGGUAUCCAGGCUCUGAUUGUCACUGGAGAGGAUGCACAUCAAUCAGAAUAUUCGACGGAGCGAGAUCAGAGGCGAUGUUUUAUCAGCGGAUUCCGUGGUUCCUACGGGACGGUAGUCAUAUUGCACGAUGCAGCAUUGCUGUGGACUGAUGGAAGAUAUUACCAACAAGCUAUGUCGGAGUUAGAUCCGCCAGAGGCAUGGACUCUGAUGAGGGAAGGUUUAUUGGAUACACCUACUAUCACUGCGUGGCUCGCUGCGAAUUUACCAUCAAAAUCCGUAGUCGGAGCCGAUGCUAAUCUAAUAAGUUUCACGGAAUGGACACGAUUGCAGAACAGUUUAAUCGAUGCCGGUCACGAUUUGAUUCCACUUUCUGAGAACUUGGUGGAUAAAGUAUGGGGUGACGAUCAGCCAGCACCAACAGCCAACAUAGUUUUGCCACAAUUGUUACGAUAUUCGGGUCGAAGUGCAGGAGACAAAGUAAAAGCAUGUCGCGAUGCUAUGCGAGAGAAUGGCACGACGAUACUUGUAGUGACUGCAUUGGAUGCAAUUGCGUAUCUACUAAAUUGGAGGGGAUCUGAUAUACCUUUCAAUCCUGUCUUCUUUGCAUAUGUCAUUCUCACUCUGAAAGAUGUACAUAUCUUUAUAGAUAGAAGUAGGCUUAGCCAGGAAGCAUUGGAACAACUGAAGAACGAGGGUGUCGAUCCAAUCUUUCAUGCCUACGAGGAUAUACAUGUUUAUAUGAAAUCAUUCGUACAAUCGUGUUCAUUUGAGAAAGAUAAAAUGUGGAUCAGCAAUAAAUCCAGCUUUGCGCUACACCCGGAUGUUGCAACUAUUCAAAAACAUACGGAUAUUACACCUAUUAGCGUUAUGAAAUCGAUAAAGAAUGCUACCGAAAUAAUUGGAAUGAAAGCGGCGCAUGUGAGAGAUUCUGUCGCUCUUGUAAAAUAUUUUGCUUGGCUAGAAGAUAAAAUCAAGAAUACGAACGAAUUGAUUACGGAAAUUUCAGGUGCGACGCGGCUGGAACAGUUUAGACAGGAACAAGCUUAUUUUGUCGGAUUAAGCUUUACCACUAUAUCGUCUGUCGGUCCUCAUGGAGCAGUUAUUCAUUAUGCACCUACAGCAGAGACUGAUGUGCCUAUUACAGAUAAAGAACUUUAUCUCUGUGAUUCUGGUGCACAGUAUCAUGAUGGUACGACAGAUGUAACGAGAACGUUACAUUUUGGUGAACCCACAAGUUUCGAACGUGAAUGUUUCACUAGAGUUUUUAAAGGACAAUGCCGGCUAUCGACAAUGAUAUUCCCCUUGAAAACAAAAGGAAAUUAUCUUGAUACACUGGCGCGUGAAAGUUUAUGGGGCGUUGGUCUCGAUUAUCUUCACGGUACUGGCCACGGAGUAGGAUCUUAUCUCAAUGUCCAUGAAGAGCCGAUUGGUAUCUCAUGGAAGCCGCAUCCGGAUGAUCCAGGUUUACAAUCAGGAAUGUUCUUAUCAAACGAGCCAGGAUAUUACGAAGACGGUAAGUUUGGUGUCAGAUUAGAGAAUGUUGAGUUAGUUGUUCCUGCAAAGACACCUUACAAUCAUAAAAACCGAGGUUUUUUGACAUUUGAAACCAUGACACUUGUCCCUAUUCAAACGAGUUUACUCGAUGUAUCAAUGCUUUCUGACAAAGAGAUCGAAUAUUUGAAUAAUUAUCAUGUAAAAUGUUUGGAAGUUUUAAAACCUUUGCUACAAGGACCGGAGAACAUUCAAGCACUUAAGUGGCUUGAGAAACAAACCCUUCCUAUUUCUCGCCCUAACUGUAAUUUAGCACGAUGAAUUGUAAAAAAAGUCUUUUGAGAGUAACAUAACGAGAUUGAUUUAAACCAAUAUUACAACGAGGCAGCAAAUAUUCAAUUGGCAUAAAAGUCAUAUAAUUUUGUGUACAUGGAUGGCUGUGCAGUAUUAUAAUCCACCCAUGUACACACAAUUACUUAAAUCGACUAUACGUGAGUAAAUAAACAACGAACGAAUAGCAAAAAUGAAUAUUUUAUUUAAGACUCUUUGGAUUAUAU